AUGGCAUAUGUAUGGUUCGGGAGGGCUGACGUGGCGUUGCCUGGUGGGUGUAAGAUUGGGGCGAGGCCGGUGGAUCUUUAUGUAAGAGGGCUCACCGCGUUGGGUGCAGUUGUUGAUAUGAGUGAUGAGAAAAUCCACGUGCGUGCUGCAAAUGGCAAGGGACUCGUUGGAGGUAGAUUUCAUCUCGAUUAUCCAAGCGUCGGGGCAACAGAAACCUUAAUGAUGGCAGCAUCUAUGACCGAAGGCGUUACUGUACUUACAAAUGUAGCUUGGGAGCCAGAAGUGGUUGACCUUGCACAAUUUCUGAAUGCUUGUGGAGCUUGCAUCAAGGGAGGGGGUACAAAUACACUUGUGAUUACUGGUACAAAAAAGUUACAUGGUGCUGAGUUCACCAUUAUGCCAGAUAGAAUCGAAGCAGGUACAUUUAUGGUUGCGGCAGCGAUAACUAGAUCAUGUAUUUCGUUGUCACCUGUUAUCCCCUCUCACUUAACAAGCUUGGUGGAAAAGCUUUCUGAAGCUGGGUGCAAGAUCACAGAGAAAGGAUCUCAAACUCUUGAAGUUUCUGUAGCCUAUUCAUUUACAGUGAAAGAACUGCAGAAGCUCGGUGCCAGAAUAAAGACCAUUGGGAAUUCAGCAUUCAUUGAAGGGAAAAAACCAGGAAGCAUGCCCCUUCGUGGUGCUAAAGUCUCAGCAGCUGAUCUGAGAGGUGGAGCUGCACUGGUUUUAGCAGGACUGGCAGCAGAUGGCAUAACAGAGGUUUCAGGUGUCUCGCAUAUUGAUCGAGGUUAUGAAGGAUUUGAGGCAAAGCUCAGAUCAUUGGGUGCUGAAAUCAGAAGAGAGACUGAUACCGAACAGUAG